ACGGACAAGAAGCUGCAAAUCGCAGGAACGAGCUGAGCGCUCGAGCGGAAAAUUUCCGGGACUGUCAAGUUGGUUUGAUGAAUCUAUCAACUUCAAGAUGAUUGGCAGCUUGUCUCUGUUUAUGCUUAUGGUGGCAUCUGCAGAGAGGGUCCGAUCCAGAAAGCACCGCCAGAGUAAUGCUGCACUAGGGAAAUGGCCGCGUAAGAGCGAACCCGUCGAAGUGGAGAGCAGUAGGGGUGCCGACUGCCUAAAGCUUCUUUAGGCGGAUGUAACGCUGAUCAUAGGUCG